AUGCGCUUGGCUAAUCUCUUUGUUGGGGGUUCAUCACCAUGGCACGCUCAACAUCUUUAUUGUCGAGCAAAUCGAUCACAAAGAGAGAUCGAGAAUAUAAAUGGAACACACAUGACAGGAUCACGAUGUGCUGAAAUGCAGCUGGUUGGAUAG